GGCCUGUGUCAGAUUUGGCGCCAUUCUACAUUAAUGUGUUUUACUAUAUAUUUUAUUUCCAGUAUAUUCAAUUUAUAAAGCUCUAAAUAAUUUGCAAUUUACGAUGGGUAUUAUAGGUUUAUCAAAGUUAAUCGCAGAUAUUGCUCCACAAGCAGUUAAAGAAAUGGAAAUUAAGAAUUACUUUGGUAGAAAAGUCGCUAUCGAUGCAUCUAUGAGUUUAUAUCAAUUUUUAAUAGCCGUUAGAAGUGAAGGGGCACAACUUACCUCUGUGGAUGGUGAGACAACUUCACACUUGAUGGGCACCUUUUACCGAACAAUAAGGCUAGUGGAAAAUGGACUUAAGCCAGUCUAUGUCUUUGAUGGUAAGCCUCCUGAGAUGAAAUCACACCAGCUGAAUAAGAGAGCAGAGCGGCGAGAGGAAGCUGAAAAGGAAUUGCAAAAAGCCACAGAAGCAGGGGACCAGGCCUCAAUAGAAAAGUUUAACAGGCGACUUGUGAAAGUAACAAAACAGCAUGGAGAGGAGGCUCGGGAGCUUUUGAAGUUAAUGGGAGUGCCUGUUGUUGAAGCACCUUGUGAGGCUGAAGCGCAAUGUGCAGCAUUGGUAAAAGCAGGCAAAGUGUUUGCAGUGGCAACAGAGGAUAUGGAUGCCCUUACCUUUGGUUCUAACGUCUUACUUCGUCACUUGACUUUCUCUGAAGCCCGCAAAAUGCCAGUUCAAGAAUUCCAUCUGGAUCAAGUUUUGAAUGGAUUGGAGCUUAAUCAUAAAGAGUUCAUCGACCUAUGCAUACUCCUUGGAUGUGACUACUGUGGGUCCAUAAGGGGAAUAGGCCCCAAACGGGCCAUUGAACUCAUAAAGCAACAUCGGUGUCUCGAAGAUGUAUUAAGAAAUAUUGAUUUAAAUAAAUACCAACCACCAGAGAACUGGGAUUAUUUGGAUGCGAGGAGAUUGUUUUUGGAGCCCGAAGUUACUGAUGCUGAUAAAAUUGAAUUAAAAUGGAGUGACCCAGACGAAGAAGGCCUCGUUAAGUUUCUAUGUGGAGACAAACAAUUCAAUGAGGAAAGAGUCAGAAACGGGGCCAAGAAAUUGUUCAAAGCCAGAACUGGCACCACACAGGGACGGCUUGAUGGAUUUUUCAAGGUACUCUCAACGACACCGAAUCCAAAGCGUAAAGCUGAAGAAGAGAAGAACAAAGCAAAUAAAAAAGCAAAAACCGGAGGUGGACGGGGAAGGAAACCUAAAUAAAUGUUAUUCAAUUAAAUAUUGAAAUUUAUCAUUUAAGGUUCAAAAUCUCAUAAUUAUUUGUAAAGUAAUAGAUAUGGACAUAAAUUAAGGAAAUAAAAUACUUUUAUUAAUGUCAAAAAAGAAUUCGUAAAAACUUAAUCGCAAUACGCAAAAUAAUGUUUAAUCUUCCGACUAUAUUGUAUGUGUUUUUUAAAUGACACAUUUUAAUUCAAGAUACAAGGAUACGAUAAAUAACAAUAAUACUGUGGGUUUUUUAUAAUAAUCAUAAUUUGUCAGAAAGAGACGGAAGACAAUAAUCUUUUAAUAAAAAGAGUGCAAAUAGACUGUUUUUCAAUAAUAUAAUUUUUAACGGAUUUCCUUAGAGUUUUCGCCUUUGUAAGGCAUUUGAAAACGUUACAGGUCUUAGGAAACGUAUUUUGAAAUCUGUAAGUAGAAAUGUUUGACGCGUAAUUUCGCAUUCCGGUAAUGUAAAUAAUUGUAAUAAAUAAGAUUCUUCUAAA